CAAAAUUUCUGAUUGCAAUUUUCUUCAGCAUAAGAAUUGAGAGAGAUAGAGAGAGAAUGGGUUCAUUUGCACGUUACUCCUCUUCUUCGGAUUCUGAAGGAGAAGUAUCAGAAGCACCCAAAGGUACAGUCGCAAUGUUCAUGGCUCUAGUAAAUACUCCUGAGUUUGAGCUCUUAUGUGAAAAAGAAAGAGAGAAACGAAAAGAAAGAGAAAAGGAAAAAGAAAAGAAUGGAGGAUUACCUUCAGUUGCCGAAGCUGUUGCUAAAUCUCUUGCAGCGCUUGGACGUAAUUUCGAUGAUGAAAGUUCUUCAAAGGAGAAUAAUGUUCAUUAUUGUGGCGCCUUGUUCUUAUCCAAAGAAAAACUCCCACCAGCUGGUGAAAAAUUGAAGCAGAGUAAGAGUAAGGAUAAUAAUAAUAAGAAGAAGAAGAAGAAAGCCAGAAAGCCUAGACAUUGAUGAGAAAAGUUUGAGGCGCUUUGUGCAUGCUGAACAAGGAAAUACUACCUCCGUCCCACUAUUAGUU